CUGAAAAUCUACUCCUGCAGUAGAGGUAAACAUGCCUGAACUGUGAACGAUUGCCAGAGCUAGCAAAUACGUCCGUUUCCAGAAACUGACUUUCAAAGAGGUGGGUCAGAUUCGUUUCUAAAGAAUAGAUUUGAAGGCAAAAAAAUGGCCAAUCUCACAUCGGACGCAGGCAUCUACGAGGAAAGCAACGGCACCGAAGACUUCCUCACCCCGAUCCCCCUGUACAAGCAUGACACCCCGGUCACCAUAGUGUUCAUCAUCUCCUAUCUCAUCAUCUUCUUGAUGUGCAUCGUCGGCAACGUCGGCGUCUGCACCGUGCUGGUGAAGAACCCAAAGAUGAGAACAGUCACCAACCUGUUCAUCCUGAACCUGGCCGUCAGCGACCUGUUGGUAGCUGUCUUCUGCAUGCCGUUCACUCUGGUGGACAACCUGCUACACGGUAACCCAUUUGGUGACGCCAUCUGUAAGUUGCAGCCGUUGGUCCAGGGCAUCUCAGUGGGCGAGUCCAUCUUCUCCCUCACGGCUAUAGGCAGUGGACAGGUGCGCUAUCGACGGUUCCAGGUCAUCAUCAAUCCGCGAGAGCCGAAGAUGUCCAAGUGUCGAGCCGUGCAGAUCAUCACGGCCAUUUGGGUGUUCAGCGCGCUCAUCAUGUGGCCACAGGCGCUGGUCAUCGAGAACAAGGAGGAGGUCCUGGUCGACUACCAGAACCAGACCAUGCAGUUCUGCGAUGAGCAAUGGCCGUCUAAUGAGUACAACCAGGCCUACACACUCAUGCUGUUCAUCGUCAUCUACAUCGGCCCCCUGCUGAUCAACCUGUACCUGUACAUCCGCAUCUCUCUCCGCAUCUGGUACAAGCCCAAUCCGGCCAUGGCCUCCAGUCGCCUGUCCAAAAUGUCUAACCUCACACAGGUGUCCAAGAAGAGAGUUCGCGUGAUCAAAAUGUUGAUCACCGUGCUGGUCCUGUUUGCUGUGUGCUGGCUGCCCAUCCACGCCUGUCUCCUUAUCGACUCCUUCAAGCGCCACAAGAUGACCGUCUGGCAGCGCAGCUUUCUGUACGCCUACAUGUUCCCCAUAGCGCACUGGCUCCUCUACUUCAACAGCUCCAUCAACCCCAUCGUCUACGGCUACUUCAACACCAACUUCAGACGCAGUUUCGAGGGGCUGUGCGGCGCGGCGGCACCUCUGGAAGACAGCGGCGGGACCAGUGGGAAGGAACUGCGGGGAAACGGGCGACCUGCCAGCGGCCGUACGUACAAGGUGAAGAUAGAGCUAGCGUCCACUGGUAACGGCUUGAGACGGUCACUCCGCAGCUUCCAGCGAGACAGUCGGCGCAGAAAGUUCUCUCCCCCGAGCAAUAUGGAGGGUAUCACCGGUAGCAACGGGGCUAUCGAAGAGAGGUCCCCGGAGAAUGAAAUCGUAAGCAUGGCAGAGACGAGGAUGUAACGCGAAGGCGAGAAAGUAACGCGUAAACGAGGGUGUGACGCCAAAGCCCAAAUAAAACCCUUACCGAGCUAGAGAAAAAUCAAAACAACACAUGCUCCUAUACAAUAUCAUUCCAACAUUUAUAUCAGCAUUAAAGUGUUUUAGAAGCUUACAUGAUAUAAAAUCCUUUGAGAAGAGGAAAGCUUAAGCGUACAAUCUUACUCGGAAAUUUGAACAAAAAUUAAUAUAAAAAUAUGUUAAGUAGCAGUAUUAGCACUAUUUGUAUGUAUGACGACAAUCAAUGACCAUAAUGAUGACAAAAAUGCUCUUGCAUCUAAAACUCAGAUAUUUCCCAUAGGCAGAACUAUAAUAGGCAGUCUAAUCACCAUGCAGUGACUGUACCUACCGCUAAUAGGAAUUAAUCUUAAACGGGGCUAUCUUCUAGCUGCAAUUGCCCAGUAUCUGGAUUAAUUAUCCGGAGUGUCGUAAGCUUUUUAAUUGCGACUCAGUAAAACAGGAAAUGUAAUACUUUAAUGUGAAAUGUAAAGAUUAGUUUCUCAUAAGUGGUAGAAUUGAUAAUAGUACAAACUGUACAUGUACCCAUGUGAAGGAAAUUUUAAACACCCACAUCUUAAUUUGUCUAAAAGCAAAGUUUGUUUUGUUGUAUUUAUAA